ACACCCUGUACAGAAUAUGGGGGAACUACCCUUUUGGAAAAUUUUUAACAAGAUGGCGGCGUCCAUGAGUACUUCGAGGAGAAUUCCUAAGUUAUUUAGAAUAUGCCAAGGUUGUUCAAGAAGGUUUACCUCUGUAGCUGGUUUGAACGAUGUAGUUAUAGCUAGUGCAGUUCGUACACCAAUAGGCUCCUUUGGUGGAAGCCUUGCAUCUGUACCAGCUCCUAGACUUGGAACUAUCGCCAUCCAGGCAGCUAUCGAGAAAGCAGGGAUUGCCAAAGAACAGGUUAAUGAAGUGUACAUGGGAAAUGUCCUGCAGGCCGGGGAAGGGCAAGCACCUACCAGACAAGCAGCUUUAGGUGCCGGUCUUCCAUUGAAUACCCCUUGCACAACAAUUAAUAAGGUUUGUGCAUCCGGCAUGAAAUCCAUCAUGAUGGCUGCUCAGAGUCUCAUGUGUGGACAUCAGGAAGUGAUGGUUGCUGGUGGGAUGGAAUCGAUGUCAAAUGUUCCAUUUACGAUGAGUCGUGCAGCCCCCUCCUAUGGAGGUCACCGUCUGGAGGAUGGUAUUGUAAAGGAUGGCUUGACUGACGUAUACAAUAAAUUUCAUAUGGGAAACUGUGGGGAGGAUUGUGCAAAGAAGUUUGAAAUAUCACGGGAACAACAAGAUGACUUUGCUAUCAGCUCCUACCAGAAAAGCCAGCAGUCAGCUGCAGAUGGUAUUUUUGACAAGGAAUUAACAACUGUCAGUGUGCCGCAAAAAAGAGGCAAAGCUGAUGUAGUGAUUUCAAGUGAUGAAGAGUAUGCCAAAGUUAAUUUUGACAAGAUCAAGACACUGAGAGCUGUCUUUGAGAAGGAUGGAACUGUGACUGCUGGCAAUGCCAGUACCCUCAAUGACGGAGCAUGUGCAUUAGUGUUGAUGACAGCUCAAGCUGCUGACAGGCUUGGAGUUAAACCAUUGGCAAGGAUAGUCAGUUUUGCUGAUGCUGCUGUUGCUCCGAUAGAGUUCCCAAUUGCUCCAGCAUACGCUAUGCCAAAGGCAUUGAAGCUAGCUGGUUUGAGCCAGGAUGACAUCAGCAUGUUUGAAGUCAAUGAAGCAUUCAGUGUUGUCGUAUUGGCAAACAUCAAAGCGUUGAACCUUGACCCAGCAAAGGUGAACAUCCAUGGUGGAGCAGUCAGUAUUGGACAUCCCAUUGGAAUGUCAGGUGCCAGAAUCACUGGUCACAUGGUACAUAAUCUCAGCCCAGGACAAAAGGGAUUGGCCGGCAUAUGUAAUGGAGGGGGCGGAGCUUCAGCCAUUGUUAUUGAAAGACUAUGAGGAGGAAACUUGAUUGUUCUGGAGAAUAUUGACUCUGCAAUGGAUACAUUAUUAUUUAUUAUUUUUGAUUUUAAAUAAAUCAUAGAUACUCAUUUUCCACUUCGUUUUUCCAUUAAUGCUAUUGUUGGAAGUAAAAAAGAUUGAAACAUAUAUUUAUAUACUGUACAGUAAGUACGUCUGUCUUGAUUAUUAGUAAACCCAAUAAAUAGGAAUGCAUGGUUAAACCAUAUCUCUUCAUUUUUUAGUUGUAUUUAUUUCACCAAACUUGCAGUAAUAUUUUUAUUGUCAGUCUUUAUUAUAUAGUAGAAGCAGUUGGCGCAUCAGUUGUGGCCUGGACUCCCAACCUUGAGGUCAGGGGUUCGAAACUCUCGUUGUGCAAAUCGGUUGUGUCCUUGCCUUGGGCAAGGCAUUUCAUCUACAGUUGUCUCUCUCCACCCAGGAGUACAAGUGGGUACCUGGUAGGUUCGAACACAACUGCGCUGAUUACUAGCUGCAAUAUUAUGGAAUUCUCCCCGGGGAGAUGAGUAUUUGUUCCAUACGUGUUUGAUCCAACAACCGGGGUAGUAAUGUGAAGCGCUUAGGCUUUAGGCAUGAAGUGCUAUAUAAGACCAACGUAUUAUUGUUUUUAUUAUUAGUUCAUGCUCAAUGCACUAUUUAAGUAUUAUAUUGCUCCAGGUAAUGGGUCAAUGUAUUAAAAAUACAAACUCAGUAUAAUAACAAUAUAUAAAUAAAAUAUAAUGAUCAGGGGCAGCAUUUUCAAAAAAUACACAGUGAUGAAUCCAGAAAGGCAUCAAUUCCAUUCCCCCGUUCCUCAUUCUGCCCCUAAUAUAAAAGUAAUCUGCUUUUAAAUAACUUGACUUGCACUUAAGUUACUGAGAGUUCCUUCCUUCCUAAUGCCUACAUUAGAACAGUAAGUGAAUUGCCUCAAAAUGGUCAGUUCACUUGUGUACCUUUAUGUGCUAUUGCACACUCAAAAAACUCACUCAAAAAAUGUUAACUGACUGAACAAAAGAUUGUGGAUUAUGUUUUUGGUCUGUAAAGUGUUUUCUACCUAUUUAUUGCUGUUCUACAAAAUAAAGGAAAAGUAAAAUUUAAGAUUUAUCUAUAUAGAAAAAAAAAUAAAUUAGUGAAUGAGGAUUGGAACACUACAUACUGUUAUUAAAUGUUUACAAAGGAAA